AUGUUCAGUGAGCAUGCUAGUGAUGAACGAGCGCUCGGUGUUGCUACCACACCGGUUGCAAGUGGGGAGACGAACAAGAAACCCAGCUGCUCGUACUGUAGCGAAGAGAGCCCGACCUGCUUAGCCUUUUGCAAUGGAUGCUCAAAAUGGUUUUGUAAUGGGUCAAAUGGUACCAGCGGUUCUCACAUUAUUCUUCACCUCGUAAAAAGUGGGCAUAAUUCACUGAAACUGCACGCAGAGAAUUCGCUUGGUGAUUCCACUUUAGAGUGCUACAUAUGUCGAUCUUCGAAUAUUUUUUCCUUGGGAUUUAUGCCUUCAAAGGAGGAAGCUGUCGUUGUACUUGUCUGUCGCGAACCGUGUCUUCAUUCGAAGACGCUACGUGACCUAAACUGGGACUCUUCUACUUGGCUACCCCUGAUAGAAGAGCGGAGGUUGCUUCCAUGGAUUUGCAGUAUUCCCAGUACCCUGCGCCGACCACUGACGUUGCAUGACAUUAAGGCACUUGAAAUGAGUUGGGAACAGAAGGUCAAAGAAUUUGUUGAUCCUGUUGAGAGUGUCCCAGAGGUUCCAUUAUAUUUUGAGAGUGGAACGAAAUACGUGGAAGUAUUUUCGAGUUUAAUUGCUCUUGAUUCCCAAGGGGCAAGAGAUUCAAAGGAUACUUCUUUUGAGGGUAUCCAGUGCACACAACAGAAGAAGAUCGGCGGUAGGCAUUUUUUCGUGUUGAAACCGUUCCCCCUCUUCGACGUAGGUGUAAAUCGCGGUGAUAACGUAUCAAUCCGCGUUAAGGGAAGUGAAAGCAGUCUAUCUGGCACUAUCACUGAAGUUAGUGCAACUUCAGUCGACAACGAACACGCUGUUUUCGUAACUGAUACCACAGCACGUUCGGUGGAUAAGAAGGCUGUGAAUGAGAUUCUUGCUGCAACCACUGUAACUAUUUCUCCAGAGUACAACGGGGUUGCUGAUAAACGGAAGAUGGAAGCACUGCAGCAGUUUGCACGGUCUGAAGGCUCGGUCUCCGCUUAUUUGUACUUCACCAUUCUUGGGCAGAAGGAACGUGCUGCGCACAGGAAUUCUGGGUUUGAUACCGAACCUGAGCCGAGGGGGCACCACAAUUUGAAUUAUUCCCAAGAACAGGCCUUGAGAGUGGCCCUCAGAAAUCCAUUGACCCUUAUUCAAGGACCGCCCGGCACAGGGAAAACGUCAACAAGUGUGGCAAUUAUUCGGGAGUUGCACAGUCACGUAAAGUCGAGGAUUUUGGUUUGCGCUCCAAGUAAUGUUGCAGUCGACCACCUAGCACAAAGAGUUAGUGGAACUGGAUUAAAAGUUGUUCGAUUGCAAGCUAAGUACCGCAACGACAUUCCUUGCUCUGUGGAAAGUAUUGGGCUUGAAAGACAGGUAGGAGAUUACAUUAACGCGAGUUCAGGUCUCGAGAGAUUGAAAGAACUUCUGGACUCGAUGCAAACAGGUAAGAGUUUAAAUGACAAAGACUACGGCACUUACAAAGAUGGUGUGGAGAAAAUUGAGCGGUUAAUCCUUCGGAAUGCAGACGUCGUAUGCUGCACAUGCAUUGGAGCGGGCGACUAUAGAUUGAAAACUAUGAAGUUCAAACAUGUCCUUAUAGACGAGGCAACCCAAGGAACUGAGCCGGAAGUGUUGAUUCCAUUGGUCCGAGGGGCGAAGCAAGUUAUUUUGGUUGGGGACCACUGUCAAUUACGUCCGUUGGUUUUCUCUACCGCAGCAGAGAAAGCUGGAUACCAACGAAGUUUGUUUGAACGACUAGUGUUGAUGGGACACCGACCAGUGCGGUUGGACGUGCAAUACCGGAUGAAUCCUUCUCUCUCUUUCUUCCCCUCUCAUCAUUAUUAUGAGGGGACCCUUCAGAAUGGCGUUACCGCUGAGCAACGCGAUGCGUCGGAAGUCUUCCCCUGGCCGGACGUAACGAAGCCCAUUUUUUUCUACAAUGCAACCGGGAAUGAGGAACUUGGGUCAAACGGAAGAUCAUAUCUGAAUCGAGCGGAGGCUGCAUUGACUGAGCAGAUUGUAACGAAGCUUAUACAGGGGGGAGUGGAACCCGGGGAUAUCGGUGUCAUAACUCCGUAUAGGUCACAAUGUCGAUAUUUGAGAAGCUAUCUUUCACGUAGUGGUCGUCUUCCUAUGGAAGUGUAUGAUCGCGUCGAAAUUUCGUCUGUUGAUGCGUUUCAGGGAAGAGAAAAGGAAUUCAUAAUUUUGUCGUGCGUUCGGAGCAAUCACCGUCAGGGUGCGGGGUUUGUGACGGACGGGAGGAGGCUUAAUGUUUCGCUAACCCGGGCGAAGCGUGGGCUAAUUAUAAUGGGCAAUGUGCAGCUUUUCUCACGGUACCCGGGCUGGCACGAACUCCUUGUGCAUAUGAAUUCUUUGUCGUUGAUCGUGGAAGGCCCUAUUGACGACCUCGUUCCCUCGGCGGUGGUGCUGCAGAAACCACGGAAAAGAGGUGGUAAAUUGAAAGGGGAAGAAUCCGACUCGCCAUUGUUCUUGCCUGGUGAGUCUUGA